AUGAACUUCACCGGCGACCCACACGAGACAGAAAUGGACAGCGUGUUAAUACUGACAAGCGACGCAUACUACGUGGCGGACUAUGACGAGACUUCAGACCGCCUGCUGUCCGUCCAACGAGUCCCACUGGCGUCGGUCACCUGUGUAGAACUUGGGACGCUUGAUACUAGCUCUUCCACUCUCUUCGGCGUCGGUCGCAAGUCGUCAGGCGAGCCUGUUGUGUGCAUCAGGUUCCACUACUCCCACAACAACGAGGCGGGAUACUUCCACAUGUUCCGAUCUACAUCGCUGAGGUUCUUCAACAAUAUGGCGGUCGUUAUCAAUACCAAAGACGAGAUGGUUGAAUCGCUGCACUCUAUCUGUGAAUCGUUACUGGUGGCACGUGACGUCGCCAAACUGCCGUCCAUCCCCUUCAACGAUGGAGUCAAGCUGGAAAGGAAAAAGUCAAAAGUGCACCCAACGCAAGGCCAAUCUGGCGGAGGCAGAGCGUCCCUCUAUCUGGACUUGUCGCGACUACCCACGCUGACUAGGAACGUCAGCGAGACGCAGCUGGUGGCUGAUAUACGCAGCGUCGGAUCAAAAGCCUUCAACAACAUGACAGAGCAGUUCAGCAAGCUUAACAAACUCAGUCACUCUCUGAACGCGCGCGCACGUCCCAGCCUACAGCUAAAGUUCGAUCAGGGAGCGUCUAGAACUAAGAAAAUAUUCACUCUUGGCCAGAAUAAAGCUGACAAGAAGAAGGGAAGCCUGUCUGAUGGCAUGAGCAGUGAUUAUUCGUCCGACGAUGAGAAUAGGACUAAUAUUUUUGAGCCCACGUUGGAUAAUUUUGAGAACAGUCAGCAUUAUAUUGGUAAAGUAACAUCAACAAGCCAACCCCAAGUAACAGAACCGGAAAACGAUUGCGAAUUAAUCGAGAACCCUCUCUACUCUUCCAAAAUAGAGCCGCAAGAGAAAGAGGCAGUUUUUGACCCUACCCAACUCGUCCCCACCACCAUCGAGAAACAAAACAUCAAAACCCCAAGCAACGUCAACAAAUUCAACCCUUUCGACACAGAAAUGGGUACAACCCCCGAAAUCCAAGUGGAAAGUGAAUCGUAUAAGCCAGCGCCCCCUAACACGCUAUUGCUAUCGCAAAAAUUAUCCCACAGUUCGAAUGAUAUUAACUACGAGGAUCCGCCAGAAGGGGUCAAUUUCCAUGUCAGGUCGAAUUCUCAGCAUGAGAUCACGCUGAACAUAGCUCAGUCGCACAGCGAGUCAGCGAUUAGACAGCUGAAAAACAUCGCCAGUCCUGUUUCUAGCGCGACUAGAGAGAUGGUACUAUCCCCACUGUCGAAACUCGCUAAAGGCGUGCAGACUUUGGGCGCCAAUUUAGAUCCGAGGAAGAUAAAGGGCUCCGCCGCAGUGAAGCACAUUUCCGAACAGCAGUACGAAGAGCACAGGCAACUCCAAGAAAAAUGGCGCGAUUGUAACACUCGCCUCGUGGCGUUGUAACGGUAGUGUUGCCACUCGCUAAAAUUGUAGAAAACACACGGUACGUUCUUUUAGUUAUCCUUGAGUCGCGUAUUCGUUCAAAUUGUAAGUUGUAGGUUUAACUUGUCACCUAAUGACAGUGUUGCCAGCCAAAUAUUAGAAUUACAGGUGACAAAAUAGAAAAAGCUUUGCUUUGUAAUUGAAAAUUUUAUGGCAACAGGAUACACCACACGUAGCUGAAGUAAAUGAAAUUGCAGUAGAAAAUUGUUUAGAGAAAAAAAUGCGUUCUGAAAAUCAAUCAGAAUGAGCACUUCAAUACUUAACUGUUCUCUCCAGUGAUGAGACACAAGCUUUAUAAGCAGAGGUCUCAGCGAUUUACAUAACUGUAUCGCAUUUUAGCUUUCUUAAAACUAAAAUUUUAAUGUUGCAAAACUUGCAGGAAUAAUAUUUGAGAUUGAGUUUUUUUUAAUAUGGCAACAUUAAAGAAGGCGUGACCUAAAACAUGGCCGCUGCCGCCACGCAUUAAAACGUUGAGUCAGCAUCAGUUUUAGACGCACUUUUGAAUGUUUGCAGAUCUUAUUUCUAGAGACAUAAGUGUCAAAACUGUGCGUCAACUUUUGAUGCUGACCGUACCCUAUUCUGAGGGUAGAUAAUAAUCGAAUAUAAUUUAUUUUCAAACGCGUUGUUAUUUAAAGAGCCAAAUAGAUGUCUUCUUUGAAUAAUAUUAUUGAUUCGAAUUAUGGAUAUUGUAUUCCGAAUGUUAUUAAUUGUCUAGCUUAAAACGUCAAUUAAUUACAUCAUAGUUCUUGUUUUAGCAGCUUUAGUUAAUUCGAAUAAAUAGUGAUCUUAAAGACGGUAAUAUUACAAGGAAUUGAUGUAAUGUUCCCAUAAAUUUGUGUAGUUACUAGAAGAUCAAAAACGCAGUUUAAUAACCCUAUGGUUUAUCGGUUGCCUCUGUCACACGUAUAGAUUAGACAAGGAUAGAUAGAUUAAAAGGGUUUAGAGUGCGUCAAGAAUUAUCUACAUUGAUGUGUAGUCUAUCAUCUAUGUUAGUAAAUAGUAUGCAUUCUUUUCGAUGAAAAAGUAUCAAUAUCUCUUCGAACUUGAAUUAUAACACAAUUGAAUAGAACACAAAGUCCUAUGCUAACUUUAUGGCAUUUAGGUGAUUAGGUGGUAUUGAUAUUUAAUCAUUGUUGUGUAUCAUAAAAAUGUUAUAGUUCCUUUAAUUAGGCUCUAUUAUAAAACCUAAUUUACUAUUCCACAAUUUGAUGACUAUAACCCAUUUUGAUUGUAAUAAAAUUGCUGAACGUGACAAUUUGUAUUUAAAAAUUAAUAUUCUUUUUAAGAAAUGUGUAUAUUUUGGCUUUGUUGACGCAUUUUAGGGUAGUUUGCAUUCAUCCUAUAUGUAUAAUAAUCCCUUUACCUUGAAAUUUAAAACAUUCCUGUUAUAAUGUAGUAAUAUUUAAUCUCGUGUACAAACAUGUUUAACGAAAUUAUAACCUUGUCCACUAACAGUAUUAAAAUUAAAUGUAACUAUUGAAGCAUAGUUUUGUAUUAGAACGUGUCUAGCAAAAUAUUACUCAAAAUACUAGUGUAAGGUAAAGUAAAUACAAGUACGUUUUGCUUUCGGCAAGCUGGUGAUUUAAGUAACAAAACAUAAAUUUCGUUCAUUUUGAACCUUUUCAUCAGUCAGUUCUCUCCAGACCAAAAUUAAUAGUAAAAGAGUCACACAUUAUUUAAAAAAUAUUACAAUACAUAAACAAAUUAUUUAAAAAAUCCGUCUAUCUAUGGUCUUUGCGACGACAUCAAAUUUUGUCUAUGGUAUUAUUCAACAAUUUUACUAUGAGUUAAAUUAAUCUGUAUUGAUUUCCAAUUUAAUUAGUAUAGCAAUCUUUAAGUUAAACUUUCAGUCCUUUUCAAUGUCACUAGCUUUUGUUUGAAGCAAACUGUACUAUGUAUGUAUUAAAAUGAACUAACAGUACCUAUAAUAAAAGUACAAUAUAUUUGCCAAUAGAACGAAAAAUAUAUAAAGUUGACUAUUUUAUCCUGCGCAAGUUCUAUAAGAUAUAUUUACCGUAAUCAGAAUAAUAAAUAUACCUAUGUCACAAAAUAAUUAAGUUCGUAUAAACAGAGGCAUUCGCUUGAUUUACGGACGACGGCACGUCAA